AUGUCUGGAUCAAAGAAAAUGACACUCCGUGUGCAGUCAUCGGAGGGCACGAACCGUGUCGAGGUGUUACACUCUGACGUGACGGCAAAGUUGUUUGAACGAGUCUACGAGACCUUCCACCUGAACACCUUUGGAUUCUCACUUCAUAAGGAUCGCGCGCAUAAAGAAGAGAUCAUAUCGAGCAAAUCUCGUCAACUUAGAGAGUAUGGAUUACAGCAUGGAGAUAUGAUAUACAUGAGUCCAGUAAAUGGAGCUGUACUCUUUGAUCAGCCUUCUACAAGCAUUGAGACCAAUAAAUCAUUUGGCAUGGAAACUGAACCAUCAACAUCAUCAGCAUCUUUAGUACCCUCAAAAGGCCUUAAAAAACAAAAUGUUCCUCAAGAAGAUGAUAUUGAUUUACAACUGUACCAAAUGUCAGGCAAUAUACAACGGCAGAGGGAUGAAAAAUUAUGUCGGCAUAAUUCAAAAGGAUGCUGUGUACACUGUUCUCCUCUUGAACCCUGGGACGAGAACUACCUCAAGGAACAUAAUAUUAAACACAUCUCUUUUCACUCAUAUUUACGUAAGAUGACAUCUGGGAAAUUCAUUUCAUUAGAUGAAUUGUCUUGUAAAAUUAAACCAGGGUGUAAAGAACAUCCGCCAUGGCCGCGUGGAAUCUGUUCUACGUGUCAACCAGGCGCUGUCACGUUAAAUAGACAGCCUUAUCGUCACGUAGACAAUGUGUUAUUGGAACACGCGGCGCCAGUAGACCGAUUUCUAGCAUAUUGGCGAGCCACUGGGCACCAACGUAUUGGAUUUUUGUAUGGACAGUAUGAGAGCCACCCAGAUGUACCAUUGGGUAUCCGCUCCCGCGUGGCCGCGAUAUAUGAGCCUCCUCAGGAAUGCUCCAGGGAUCACAUUGCUUUAGCUCCAGAUGACAAAGAACAGUUGCUCAAUGAGAUUGCUGCCCGUCUUGGACUGAGACGCGUGGGCUGGGUGUUCACUGAUCUUAUGCCUUUGGACUUAGCAGCUGGAACUGUGAAGAAAGUCAGAGGCAUGGACACACACUUCCUGUCUGCCCAAGAAUGUAUAAUGGCGGGUCAUUACCAGAACCAACAUCCAAACGCCUGUCGUCAUGCGUCUUCGGGAUAUUUUGGAUCAAAAUUCGUCACUGUAUGUGUUACAGGUGACAGCGAGAACCAGAUCCACCUGGAAGGUUACCAGGUCUCUGGUCAGUGCGCGGCACUAGUCCGCGAUGAUAUUCUUGUGCCAACACGCGACGCGCCCGAUCUCGGCUACAUCCGAGACUGUACGCCGCAGCAGUAUGUCCCUGACGUCUACUAUAAGGUAGGAAUAUAA